GCUAGCAAUGAACGGUGUCGAGCAUGGAAGCUCUCGAAGCCUUGCUGGAACACCAGUUUUCUUGGAACACUGGCCAAUGUGGAUGGGUGGAUUUGGUUGGUGGCCCAUCCACCAAUCACUGUGGCUAUAAAGGCUGUCGGUCAAAUCUGCCGGACCAGACCAAAGUGAGCAAAGCAAUGGCUGGAGCCUAGAGCGGACGACGGAGGAUUCAUGCCCGAUAACAGGCUGGAUAAGCGCCGACUAUCGCCAAUUUGCAAACAGUUAUCAUAUCAGCCAUGAUAUCAACAGAACGGUCAAAACCACCACAGAAAAGAAAAGUUAUUACUGCCAAAAAGUUCCUGCUGGGUUCAAAUUACUGGAGCUCAAUGCAUCUACUUCUGCUUGAUGCUCCCUUUCUAGUAAUACCUGCCGACUGUCAAGGCAGGCCACUAGUGACUGGCGUAGCCAACAGUGGCGAUGAUGCUACUGCAACGUUACAGCAUCAGCAGUGAAGUUGCCCGUUUAGAAGGGGCGCUCGGGCACUUGUACGCGCUGUGACUGAUCCGCGACCUCAUGCCAAGCACAAUCAAACUUUGUUUCCCCAUAGACUGACAGUCAAUGCAUGUGGACCAUCAGUCUGUUGCAUUCCCUUGUUAAAGGGAUUAUUGUAGUGAAACUGUGAAAGAGGUGUGAUCGGACUCGGAGAAUAUUCAAGGAAAUAAGAGUAAAUUGAA